AUGGUGUCUCCAAUUCGCCUUGCAGGUUCGCAUUUUUUUGAGUUACGCAUUCAUCUUUGUCAAAAAAGUUCGGCUUCUGCGGGAGUGCGUGAAUUCAUUGAGAACGACAAUAUGGAUUUGAAGAAGGCAAACCCUCAUUUUCCUAUUCUCAUCCGCGAAUGUUCUGGAAUCGUCCCAUUCGAACGUUGUAUUGUUCCCGAACAUUUGCCGAGAGAGAAAGUCGCUUGCAUAGGAGGUAGUGAUCUUAAACUAACCCAUAGCGGUUCGUUGAAGAGCAAAAGUAGUUAUUUUGAUAAGAUAUUACAUAGGGAGGGGCGCGUGUAG